GAGAAGAAAGAAACGAAACUGAAAGUGUUGAAACAGAGGCUGGUUAAGUUACUGAAGCUCCGGAUUUCUGUUUAUAUGACGCGAGAUUCACUGACAGUCUGAAGGGAAAGUGCUGCUUAAAGCUUGAAAGAAUUUAAAAUGAAGAGGAAAAGGCAAAACAAGGACCGAAAGAAAGGAUUAGACAGAUCAAGCUGGCGCAACAACCCCAGGAACGAAAGGCGAAAAAAGACCAAAAAAUCAGCAAGUGGUGACAGCACCUCAUCCCCACCCCACUUUCAGAGCCAAAAUGAAGACACCAUUAAUGCAUCAAGAAACCAGAGUGAGUUCCAGCCUGAUCAGGACUGUGUCAGCAUCCCAGUGCUUGCAACAGGAAAAAUGGAAGCUCAAACACAAACAAGACGAAAUCUAAAGAAUAAAGUGACCCAAACUGAGUCUAUCAGACACAAAUCAUGUCACACACAAACCGAGUCAGAUCCUGGGUGUGAAGCCCAAAUUCAAGCCCAAGGGAGUACAGAAAAUGAUUCACCCAAGACGAAUGAACAAAUAGAUGCUGACAAUUCAGUGUCAACACCUCCUGAUCCUGGAGGGGAUCAAAAGAAAGGAACAGCUACACCAUCAAACUGUGAUGAAAUAAUGCAGGGGGAGGACAUUAAGAACAAGAAAAAAGAACAGAAAGAUGAAAGUUCACAAGACACCUCUAACCCAAGGUCUAAAGAAACAAAACCGAGGUCAUAUGCUGAAGCAGCAUCAGAUAAAGACUCAAAGGAAAAAACUGGCCAGUCAGCAGCAAAGGAGGGCAAAACCCAUGAUAAAGAAGCACAUAGAGAAAUGCCCCCAGUGAGAGGACCACCUGAGAAACCAAUGUUCACAUUAUAUGUGUACUUAGUACUGGAUCAAAGCUUUAAGUUUAACAAAGAGAAAGACAAACUUCUAAUCUGUUAUGAAAACUGGGAUUUUGAAUUGAAUAUAACCCUGUUUAGAGAAAUUGAUAAGAAAGUCUGUUUAAUUGAGGCAAACCUCUCUAUUGAUGAACAUUAUGUGAAGAGAGGUGGAGUGCUAUACUAUAACUAUGCAGUGCAGCAACGAAGGAAAAAAAUAGUAGAAAUUGCCAAAAGAACGCUCACUUUCAAUCCCUCAUUGAAAGAAAUUCAUCUCUUUGAGGGCCAUAUAAGUGGAUCAGGUUUUAAGGAAUGGCUGAGGAGCUGGAUCACAUCUGCAGAAAAAGAAAUAUCUGAGGCCUGGCAGAAUUCUGCACGCAUACUACUUAACAGAUUGUUUGAACAAUGGGAACCAUCUAAUCAGGAGACUAUAAGAACAUUCAUACAGCUCUUAAAUAAUUAUAUUUGGUGUUUUUAUAAUUCCAAUCAGCGAGUGUUCUACCAUCAAAAUCUGCCUGCUCCUUUUGUAGAGGUGUAUGAAUUGAUUGCAAAGAAGCUGGUCGACAUUCUAAAUGCUGCAGGAAGUUCGGCUAAUUCCGACCCUCUUGUACUAGGCCUCUCAGUGUUUCAGGUGGCCCGUGCAUGUGGUGUGAAGCUUGCGAUUAAAGGUUGGGGUACGCUGUGUCAUCUGGUCUCAUCUGCCCCUGCUCUUAAACAAGUACAAGAAAUACAAAAUUCCUUUCCCACACUGCCGCAUACAGUGAAAGGGCUGAUGAUCCAGUGUUCUCAGCUUACGGUCUCAGAGACGGUCCUGCUGGUUCCUCUUCUCCAUUCUGUGUGGCAGCCUGGUGCAGCCUCAAAACGACUUGGCACAUCUGUUGAGGAAGCAGCCUGGACAGGACUAGAAGAUGUAACAUACCGUACAUACAGAGAAAAAAUAAAAGUAUAUCUUGAUAAGAGAAGGAUGAUCCUUGAGCUGGUUGAAAAGCACAAGGAGCUGGCCAAGGACAAGCCUCAUGUUUUGACCGCCUGGCUGUCCUUGAUAGCAUUUGAUGAUAUAUCCAAGUUUGCUAAGUUGACAAACAUCGCACCUGAAAAGUUGAUUCAGAGUCUGAUGUACAGAUUGAGAGAUUUUCAAGAGUACGUUCGACAAACUGACCCCAAACAUACAGAGACAAAUCUGAGGAUCACAGAAAACAUUUUGACAGAUCUGUUGAACUGUGUUGAAAAGGACAAAGACAGACUCAUUUUAGACUUAUCUGAAUGGUUGGACUCCAUAUAUCAGUGCUGUAGAAAUAUCCAUAAGAGCACUUGCACAAUGACUCGACUCCUUCCAGCUUAUAAAGCAACAGUGCUGUCUUUUCAGCUGUUGCUAAAAAUGGCCGAAAUUCAGUAUGAAUUUCUUUCGAAGCAUGGAGAGGACAAAGAUACAGAGAGAAAAAAACUUUUGAAACAGCUUGAAUACACUCAAAAUGAGUUUAGAAAGUGGAGAUGUGAUCUCCUUCAGAAUCCUCUGUUUCAAAAUUCCGUAUUUAAAUACCCGAAAGAAAUAGAGCUCUGGGGUGCUUUCUUUGGGUUGCAGUGUUCAAUUCCCUCUGUUACAGAGCAAUGGAUGUGCAGCAUAAAGGACGACUUAAUAAAAAGGAUCUCUGAGCUUAAUGACAUGGACAGGGUAAGGAUCUGCUGUCUGGAAACCCCAGCAGGAGCUAUAGAGAAAAGCCACUCUACUGUUAAGACAUGUUUUCAUAAGCUGUGCUUCUCUGCCAUUAAAAAGUUAUGCCAGGAAAGUAAAGAAGGGACUCUUCUGAAAGCUCUACAGCCAAACCUGAAACAUGUUUCUUCAUCCAUUUUGUCUUCAAUUGUUACUGAGUCAGCAGCUCGUUUUGGAGAAGACAGAGUGACCCAGCUACUGAAUGACCAAUCUGCCAUCUACGUCCUCUUAUCUCAAGGAGACUGGAGUCAUGACAAAUUAAAUGAAGAGGCCAAUCAAAUAAUGAGCAUGUCCCAGGCUACUUUAGGUGAUUUGGUCAGUUCUCUUUGCCAGGGUAAUAUUCCCUUUGGUCAACUACGGAUUAUCCUGAAACACAAGAAACAAUUCCAAGAGCUGUACAAAAAAUGUCAAAAACACUUGAAAUUGGAUAAAAUUACUGUUGAUCCAGAAAGACUGCUUAAUCAAAGAGAGAAAGAUUGCCAAGCCAUGCUGGAACAGAGGGAACAUAUAAAUGUCCUCAUAAAAAUGCUUGGGAAAAUUUCAGAGAUAAUUCACGUACCCGAGAUCUCAGUACUUGAGCAAGAGCACAAGAUUAGUAUGCAUCCACUGGGAUUAAAUAAGCUGGUGGUAGUACAACCAUGCUUCUCUAAUGAAGAUCUAAACGGGAUUUUAACGGGGAAGGUUUUGUGCUACAGUGCUGACUUAACUAAAGUGCUCAGUGCAGCAAAAGAGAUGCAUGAAUUCCAAGACAGCAACCUGAUUCUCAAAUCAUGGAUGGACAGAGCUAACGCAUUGGCAUCUAAGAUCACGGAGUCUGAAACUCUGGGUCUGGAAGAUGUUCUUUCUGUAAUCUGGCAACCUUCUCUUCGUGAAUUUUAUCAGCUUGGUAUAAGGAUUGGAAAUGGAUUUGUAACUUUUGAGGAACUGGACAAGGCUGUUAAAGGGUGUGAAGACGAAGGUAAUGGCGUUCGGCUCCGUAAGGAGAUGAAACUUAUGGCCUCUAAGCUUGACAAGUAUCCAGGUCUGAUGGAAAACUGGCUGGAACAAAGGCUUAAACAGAUCCAGGAGUAUAGACAGCUUCACCAUGCAGCAGAGUCUUCCAAUGCAAUACUGAAGAUAAGAGACAAACUCAAUCUGAAAGGAGACUUCAGCCAUAUACACAGUCUCACUCAGCUGAAUGAAGAUUCAUUUAAAAACCAGCAUCUGCUUUCAUUGAGCGAUGACCUUAUUAAGGCCAAGCAAAAGCUAUCUCAUGUCAGCCAUCAGCACACAGCUUGUCUGGAGGCAUUCCUGAAGAGCGAAAAUCUAGUCAACUGGGUUAAGACCACAAUUAAAAAUCGCAGUGAGUUGAAGGUUUUUGUGGAUUUGGCUUCAAUUUCGGCUGGAGAGAAUGACACGGAGAUUGACAGAUUGACCGGUUUUCAAGAUGCUGUCUCAGGUUACAGUCCCUUGUUAUACUCCUUGCAUGAGAAUGCAGGUUUUGAACAGUUGAUUGCCUGUGCUCAGGAAGUCUGGGAUGCUCUCAAUAGAGAUGAAAAACUUCCAGAAAAACUGACACACUCCGAUUGUUGGUUAGCCUGGUUAAAAGGACUAAGGGAAACUCAUGGCUCUGUGGAAAAGUCCUCACUUUUUUUGGCCUCAGCGAUCAAUACCCAUGGUGUGUACCAUAUUUGCUGGCCAGAUCAUUCUUCUGGAAAGAAAUCCCUGGGCAGUGUUUUAUGUGUGAAGGUAAAAACCAGUGAAAUAGAUAAAACUUACAGUCUUGAUGAAUUAUUGGAGUUACAGAACAAGCUAAUGCUCAUGUCAUCCAAGGGAGAGCAUAGCAAAGAACAAGUAAACAAGUUCACAGAGGUAUUUGAAGGCGUACAGAGAAUGGCGCGUAUACUCAUGCAGCUAUGUUCAUCUGGGAACCUAUUCUUCCGAGACUUAUUUGCAUAUGUAAUAUGCAACCAUGAGAAAAAACCAUGCAUUAACAUACAUGUUCCCUUGCUUGGGAAACAUUUUAUGUAUAAUGGACAUAUUGCCGAGGAGCUUCAAAAAGUAUGCCGCUGUAUGGAAGCCUGCUAUGAAGACUGGCGUAGCUUUAUGUCUGAGCUGCGCUCUCAGUUCUAUGCUCUCAAUUAUUAUACUUCGGAACAAUUGGUCUACCUUUGCCAAUGGAUCAACAAAAUCUGUGAAAAAGGGAUGCCUGUGCCACAACAAAUAUGGCACUUGCUUACCCCGCUUAAGCCAGACAGUACACUAAGUGAUAUCAGAAAUGCCUUUGAAAAAGCAAAAGAGAGUCUUCAGUCUGACCUUCAGAGCCAAUUCAGUUCUGACUCAGAAUCUGAAGAGUCUAUGGAUAUUAGCAGACCCAAACUGCACAAAGAAGACACUAAUAUCGACAAUGAUUCUGAAGAAGACAUUUUUCCUGAGGAUAUGAUGGAAGAAAAUUCAUCUAACUCUGUAGCAUAUUCUGAAGAAUAUUGUGAGAUGGGCAGCCUUCAGGGAGAUAGUGAGGAGGAAGAAGGUUCAGCUGAAGCGGAUGAGCUUGAGUGGGAGGACACCAGUGAUGAAGCUGGAACAGAAAAAGAUAUGAUAGAAACUUGUUCAGUUUCAUCCGCAUCGCUCCAAGAAUGCAAAAUUCCAAACAUAGUUAUGGAAACAUUGGCGGAUUCGUGGCAGGACUUCAGGAAUAACAGGACCAAAUAUCUUACACAAUACAUGGACGUUAAAACCCUUGCUCAGUUCCUUUCCUGUUUCUCUACUAUGAACAACCUCAACAUCAUGCGCAAGUUGCCAUCUAUUCUUCAAGAAGGAAAGCCCAAUCUCAUUGAUUGCCCUUCUACAGAACUAAUAACCAACACACUUGCUUUGUACAUGGAGAGCCAAGAACAGGCUUUUCCCUCAGUUGAUGAGGUGCUAAUAUGCCAAGAGGACACAAGUGAAGAAGAGGUUGAGAUCUUUCUUCGGAGAUGCCUAGGCCAAGGUGCUCCAAAUCACCAUCAGAAAAUCUACACAUUGGUUAAUCCAGGUUUACUGACCUAUGAUGUGAGUGUGGCUCUGGCAGAGCGUUUUGAGGCAAUGGAGCGGAGUGCUAGGUCUCAUUUUCGCCUGGUAAUAGUGUCUCCUGUGAACCAAAGCAGCUAUGUCCCGUUAUACUUUAGCAACUACAAGGUACAAGCAGGCUUGAGUCUUUCUUUGGAAAGUGCCAAGGAAUACCUUAGGCAUCACUUAACUACUACCUAUGUUCAAAGCCGCCAACGUCAGGUCUUUCCAGAUGGUAUUUCAUCCUGGUUGAUUACUUCUAGACGUGCAGCUGUUGGAAAGUCACUCUAUGUUACCAGGAUGUUCCAGAAUUUUAGGAGAACCUUUCCAACGGCAACUUACCUUACAGUUAGACUGAUAGAACCCAAAGUUAAUUUUGACUGCUUAGUUCAAACACUUUGUGAGAAGCAGGCAUCACUAAAAGAACAAGAUCCUGUUCUCCUGCACAUUGACACUGCAGCUGUUCGUUGUGGUUUAGAGGAGUUCCUGUUCAGAUUACUCAUUCUAGGAUGUCUGAGAGACAGUGAAGGGAAACUAUGGAGGAGAAACACAGCCCACUUGAUUGUAGUUGAAGCACUUCUUCCAGAUUCUGCGCAUCAUAGUAAAACUCGUAAAGAGUCAACCCAAGGUCUUCUUAGCUUACUGCCAACCAUUCACUGUAAACCACCAAAUGAAGUCAGAGAAAUGGAGCUCAAAAUCAGAUCUGGUCAGAUAAAAUAUACAUCCUUAGACCCACUGAUGGACUCCCAAGAGUUUAAGAGUGAAGGUGUUCAGAGACCUUACCAAUAUUUGAUAAGAUUCAACAGAAAUGAGAAUUUGGACCAUUUCAAAUAUGAAGAUGGGUCCAUAGAGGGCAAUAAAGUGAAUUGUCUUCAUCAUCUUUUAUCAAACUGUGGACUAAAGGACCCCUCAUGGGCUGAACUGAAGCACUUUACUUGGUUUCUCAACCUGCAGCUCAAAGAUUGUGAGAAAUCAGGAUUCUGUGAUCCAAACUUUUUUGGUAGCAUUUUGAGUGGAUUCAAAAGCUUUAUAGUAAAAUUCAUGAUACACAUGGCAAGGGACUUUGCAUCUCCCUCCCUGGACAGCUCGGACAAAAGCCCUUUACCUCUUUUGGAGAGUGAUCAUCAGGAUGGUCUUUUAGGCAGAUUAACUAUACGGAAGCGGUGGGAGAAUAAACCUCAUCCAUAUAUCUUUUUUAAUGCAGAUCACUUGACCAUGACCUUCCUUGGUUUUCAUGUAAAGCAGAGUUCUACCAAAAACAUUGUUAAUGUGGUUGACCAAAAAACUAAGGAAGUUUUGAUGGGAGAUGUAAUGUCACUCGACCUGUUUACAGGACUUCGAAAUCAAAACAUUUCAUUUUCUGAAGUCUUUGACGAUUUGCCAAGAAAGACCAAGAUACAAAAGAUUUCCCUUGUCGUUGGUGCCAAGAUAGGGGAACAAUUUGAUCCUGAUCCUACAUAUGAACUCACUUCUGAUAAUGUAAUGAAGAUGCUGGCCAUCCAUAUGAGAUUCAGGUGCGAAAUUCCUGUGAUCAUAAUGGGGGAAACUGGCUGUGGGAAGACCAGACUAGUGAAGUUUCUUUGUGAUCUGCAAAGGGAAGGCAGAAACAUUGAAAACAUGAAACUGGUUAAAGUUCAUGGAGGGACUACUGCUGACACUAUAUACAAGAAGGUGAGGGAGGCAGAAGAACUUGCACAGAGAAACAGUGAAAAACACAAACUAGACACUAUUUUGUUUUUUGAUGAAGCGAACACCACAGAGGCCAUCUUUGCUAUCAAAGAAGUACUAUGUGACAAGACUGUGCAAGGAGUUCCUUUGAAGAAAAAUUCUGGUCUAAAGAUAAUUGCUGCAUGUAAUCCUUACAGGAAGCACACUCCCAGAAUGAUUGAACGCUUGGAGAGAGCUGGAUUGGGCUACAGAGUAAAGGCUGGGGAAACAGAGGACCGAUUUGGUCAAGUUCCCAUGCGCCAGCUUGUAUACAGAGUUCAUCCUUUGCCGCCAAGUAUGAUUCCCCUUGUUUGGGACUUUGGACAGUUAAGUGAAUCAACAGAACUUUCUUACAUCCAACAAAUUGUAAAGAAACAAAUUGAAGAGCACUUCUUGCCAUCACAAUGCCAGAGUGUGAUCAGUGAAGCGUUGGCAGCCUCUCAAAAGCAUAUGCGUCAUCAAGUAGAUGAGUGCAGUUUUGUAAGUCUUAGGGAUGUUGAGAGAUCAAUGAGGGUGCUAGUGUGGUUCUACCAACACAGAGAACACAUUUUUCCAAAAUGUCAGGAGAUUGACAUGGUACAAAUGACCUUUAAAUGCUUGGCCCUUGCUUUGGGUGUUUGCUAUUAUCCAUCACUUGAGUUCAGAGACAACUAUUUGCAGAAUAUUAGUGAUGUCUUUCCUCAACCACUUAACACCAAACAAGCGCUGGAGCAUGAGAUUUCCUCUUGCCAAGACUUCUUCCUCCAAGGCAUUCGCACAAGAGAGACAAUUGCUAAAAAUUUAGCACUGAAAGAAAAUGUCUUUCUCAUGGUGAUCUGCAUUGAGCUGAAGAUCCCACUUUUUCUGGUAGGCAAGCCAGGGAGCUCUAAAUCUCUUGCCAAAACUGUUGUUGCUGAUGCCAUGCAGAGGCAGGCAUCUCACAGUGAAUUGUUCCAGAUGCUUAAAGAGGUGCACAUGGUGUCAUUUCAGUGCAGCCCUCACUCAAGUCCAGAAGGGAUCAUUGGAACUUUCAGAAAUUGUGCUCGUUUUCAAAAAGACAAGAACUUGGAUGAGUAUGUAUCAGUGGUUGUGUUGGAUGAGAUAGGAUUAGCAGAAGAUUCUCCACAGAUGCCAUUGAAAACCCUGCACCCUCUUUUGGAGGAUGGUUGCAUUGACAAUGACAGGCCAGAUCCACACAUGAAAGUGGGUUUUGUUGGAAUCUCAAACUGGGCUCUCGAUCCUGCUAAGAUGAAUCGAGGUAUUUUUGUCUCUCGUUGGGAUCCAAGUGAAAAUGAAUUAGUGGAGACAGCCAAAGGUAUCUGUUCGUCAUCUGAGUCAGUUCUUCGCAAAAUCAGUCAUCUUCUGCCUAAACUGGCGAAAGGAUUUUUAAGCAUUUGUAAAAAUGACAGGGAUCAAUUUUUUGGACUCAGGGAUUUUUAUAAUUUGGUGAAAAUGAUUUUUGCUGUAGUGAAAAACACAGACCAUGAACCCAGUGACAGUGACUUAGCACAAGCUAUACUGCGGAAUUUCAGUGGACAAAAAGACAACUUUGAUCCUUUUGGUCAUUUCCAAGAUCUCUUCUCAAAUCAUCAAGACGUCCUUAUGAUAAGCACGCUAGAAAUGGUUAAACAGAACCUUGAUCACAACAAUGAAGAAGAAUGUCGUUAUCUCCUUCUGCUCACAACAAACAAUGCUGCCCUGUACAUAAUUCAGCAGUGUAUUUUUUCAAAAGAUGAAAAAAACUGCCCUGAAAUUGUGUUUGGUUCUGGAUUUCCCAAAGAUCAGGAGUAUGCUCAAAUCUGCCGUAAUGUGAGUCGAGUCAAGACGUGUAUGGAAACUGGCCGGACUGUCAUCCUCUUGAAUUUGCUUAAUCUAUAUGAGAGUCUGUAUGAUGCAUUGAAUCAGUACUAUGUUUACUUUUGUGGGCAGCAGUAUGUCGACCUGGGAUUAGGGUCACACAGGGUAAAAUGUCGAGUUCACAAAAGCUUUAGACUGAUUGUUAUUGAAGACCAGGAAAAGGUCUAUGACAAGUUUCCUGUCCCGCUGAAAAAUAGGCUGGAGAAGCACAAAGUAGAUAGGAGUACAGAUUUGACACCAUGGCAACACAGAGUUCUGGAAAAACUCAAGAACUGGGUGCAGGAGUUUUCUCACUAUUCUAAGACAACUGAAUCAGAUUUCAGCUCAUUUGAUGCCUUUGUUGGCUUUCAUGGAGAUGCUUGUGCCAGUGCUCUCCUUCAAGCAUUAGAAAGAAGAGAAAAACAGGAUUAUCCAAAAGUGGAAGAUGGACAGAUUGACACUAGCAUGCCCAGCAAGAGGCGCAAAAGUAUGUCCAUGUCCACAGAGUUUAGCAGUCUGUCUAUGACCGCAGAGAAAGACAUAAAGGAACAUAAGGAGCAGGUGUUCGAUCAAGAAGAAGGAGUUCAGUCUUAUCAUGCUGCACUCGAUGAUAAGGACAGUGCUUUAACAGGCAGCGAGACUCUUCUUGAUGAAAACAAUAAGGGACUUGUUUUGAUGGAUGUAGCUGACAGUGACGACAACAUUGAAUCUGAAGGCAAACAAGAUUUUCUGGAGGAAAUUCCCAAGACUGUGGAAAUGGAUAUAUAUCCAGAUGACAAUGAUGAAGUCAACUUAAAUGAGCCAAAUGAAUCCAUAGAUGAGGAGGAAGAUGUCUAUGAAUGUGCCAAAUCCUUUUUGUUGAACUGCGCCACACCGGAUUCUGUGUUAAGGUUAAAGAACUCAGGACUGGGAAACAGUGAAGGAAUAAGACUUCAAAGGCUAUAUUUUGGUCAGCAAGAUCACCAUUCCCUCAGAGGAUUUUUGGACAGUCAUUUAAGGAAGAGUGACAAGGAAAAGAAAAAAUUCAUAGAGGUAACCACCUUCUCUAGUCUGCUAACUAAAGCUGAUGUGCGAAAUCUGGCCCAAGCUUUGGGUCUGUCCAUGGAACGGCUACUUUUGCUCUCUCUGCACCAGUUUGACACAGAAGUUUCUUUCUGCAGCAAAAUUCGAGGUUUUCUAAAGACUGCACAUAUGUCUCUGCACAUCCUCUUGGUUCAGAUGGAUAUGGAGGAAUCAGUUUGCAAAAAUGAACUCACUGCUUCUGCAAAGUACUGCACCAUGAAUGAACUUCUCGCUUUUCAAUUAGAAGAUCACAACUGCUAUAUUGUGUUUAUCACAAAACUCUCAAGGAUUGCAAGUGGCAAUAAGUAUAUUGGAUUUCAGGGAGGUGGAUGGCUUUCGACACAUAUUGAUGACCUCAGAGACACCAAUGACAUGAGCUUGGAUCUCUCUGUUUUUUGUGGAACACCAAUCAGCAAGCUACUCUCCCAGUCGACAGAACCUGUUGCCAUGGGAGCAGAAGAUCAAGAAGCUAUGGUCAAAAGCCAACAGGAAGAAUCUGCAUACCUGCACAGCUUGUCUUUGGUGAGAUCGUGCUCUCAGAAAGCUGUUUCCCUACUUAAAGAUUCUAGUAAUAAAGCUCCUAGGAGUAUGAAGCGCAUGAACACUCUUCUUGGCCUUCUGGAAAAUGACUUGGGGCGAAAUGGAGCCCGUUUUCAGGAAGUGUUGCUGAGGCGAUUGGUGGCCGCCCUGACACAGAGAGAGGAGUUUAUUCCUAAUUCAGAAGACUGGGUGAACAAAGAAGUAAUGAAGCGAGAGGCCUUGCAGGAAGGCGGCACUCUCAGGCACACUCUGUGGCGACGUCUACAGGAAGUUCUGACCCCGAUUCUGGCCCAGAUAUUAGAAGUGUUGGACAGAGACUCUAACCUGGACUUGGUCUAUAGUGCAGGUCUCAGUGAGGGGCUGGUCCAGUUCUGGCUGAACAUCUUUGAUGAUGGGCAAAUUUUAGACCUGUCAAUGCCACAGAACUCAAGUUCAUCAGAAGAAGAUGGAGGAGAAGCAUGGACCUGUAAUGCUCCUUUUAGUUGGCUCAUCAGACUUUACUGUCAUGGCCUAUGGGAGGAAUCUCAGUUUGGGCAGGGUAUAGAACAGAACAGCCACGAGCGGAUCCAACAGUUUGUAAGUGCUGUGGCCGGGAGUCAGUUGGGUGGCUACAUAGAGAAACUCUCAGAGACAGAGCGCAAAGAACUGGGCCAGAGAUAUCUUACUGAUUUUGUAAUACUCUCCUUUAAAAUCAAGACAGAAGAAGAAGUAAAGGUGUUUAGUUCAGCAUUGUUAGGUUGUGUUGCUGCCCUGCAGCAGGACAUGGGUGUGACCCCUGAUCUUUCUCCAGCCUGGAUCAUGGCAGCAGCCCGACACUUCAGUCAACGACUCGACACACUCUUACACGUUCUGCAGAUUCAGCCUCAAUUAACUCCUCUCGUUUUAAAACAGUCCUCACAAAAAGACAGAGUGGACAUGCAUGAAGACAUUAUAGCUCUUGGAAUAUGUGUGGAGGAGACUAAACAUCAAGCCAUUGCAUCAUUUUCUGAGUGCUCAGACUUUCUGAACAGAGUUGAAUUGCUGCAGGCCUGCCUGCAGAGAGCGUUCAGUGUUACUUACAGCUCUCUCUGCACCCCUGUCUGUCUUAAACAUCUGGAUGCUAUAAAGUCUGUGUGGCAGGCCAUGCUGGUCAUAGCUGCUUUUAUCGAGCAAGUUGUGGUGAGAGUAAAUCCGCGUGAUGAGAAGCUGGUGGCCCUUACACUUAAACACUGCAUCCAGCUACAGAGGCUGAUGGAGGAGUGUUCUGAGCUACAGAGCAAAGCCUUCUUAAAGCACCUCAUCCGCAUUCUCAAUGAGUACCACGAGGAAUCCAUAAGCAGAGAGUUACGUUUCGGUCUGAAGUGUCCUGUGUGUCUGGAGGACCUGGCUGAGCCCUGCGUCCUACAGUGUGAGCAUGUGAUCUGCCUGUCCUGUAUGAAGAGAUGUAUGCAAGGAGCGGAAGCUAAAUGCCCCAAAUGCAGGACAGCGCUUCCUCCCAACUACCAGCCAGCUAGCUCUGAAAGUAUAGAUUCAGCCUUAAAACAACAUAGGAAGUUAAGGAGAUGCUGUAACUCCUUCUUUUUGGAGGUGGUCUCUCGUUUCUGCUUCUCCAAGGCACAGCACCCCCCGGAGGACAUGGUGGAGCUGCUCUUCUCGCUCCUUAUUUCAGCACAGGGUGACGUGUAUAAGACGAGAGAGCUAACACCUUUCCUGGAAUGUGUUGACCAGAGUCCUGUGGUACGGUCUGUGUUGCCUAAACUGUUACUACAAUACAGUUUUAAACAGGUAAAGGGCCACAUUCAGACAUAUUUGGAAAACCUGGCAGAAAAACUCCUGGAUGAUCAGGACAGAAUGGAACUUUACAGACUUUUUGCCAACUGUUUUCAAGAUUCACUUCUUUGCGUGGCUUUGAAUGAAACCCUGGAAGGCAAAGAACUUCAGCGACGUCAACAGGCAGACAUUAAUUUUCUCAGCCGAUUGGCUCGCAAGCAAACACCAUCCAGAGAAAAGCAUCCGGCUGAAUUCCUGCUGUGCAUGGCCCGUCUCAGGAUGUGUCUGGACACUGCUGCUCGCAUACUUCCCAGGGCUGUUGGCCAUAAGAGCGGAGAAUAUGCUAAAUGGGAGGAAAGACUGUUAGAGGAGGUGAAGGCGGUCUUUAAGUAUGCGGAGAAUGAUUGGUAUAGAGUCUACCUACUCAGAACGCUUAACAGGCAGGCAGGCUCAGACUGUAUCCAGGCCCUGAUGAACAGCGCCCCCUAUGAGUGGGUGUUCCCUGCUGAGUUCUUGCGACUCCAGAGGUUGAUUCCAGUGGAGGUGGAUCGAUUCCUGUGCUGUGGUGAGGAGUAUCGCACUGUCAGAAAUGGGCUGGUGCAAGCACUGAUGGAAUCAAACAAAGAUCCACUUAAAGCUGCCCUGCAGAAUGUAAGCAGUCCAGGGUCUGUAAAGAAUGUUUUCCUGGCUUUGGCCUUGUUCAGACAUGUGACCUGCCGCCUAGGGUCACCAGACUCAGCCCUGCGUCCUGGAGAACAGGAGUUAGAGAUACUGAAGGGCAGUGUGCGGGAAAGCACAACAGGGCACCUGCGUGAACUCUGCAACGACCUUUUAUCAAAUCCUGCUGGAGGUCUCAUGUCUCACCUGCAUGUCCCUGCAAACGAAUCAGGACAGAGACGUCUUCUUCGGGAGCUCCUGGUUCAUGCCAUUGCUGUGUUCCAUAGCGGGAGCCAAUUUCUCUUCCCUCUGCACCUCAUUGCCUCUAGGCCGCAGAAUAUGAGGGAAUCAUUUCUUCCAACCAUGCCAGAUGACAACAUCAUUAUGGUCGCUCAGUGGCUAAACGAAAGAAAGGGACUGCAGACGUACUAUUGUAAAAAUGGUCACCCAUCUUUUGUUGGAGAGUGUAGGAAGCCAGUGGCCGAGGGAAGGUGCGACACAUGUGGUGUGCCUAUUGGUGGUCUAAACCACCGGCCAGUAGCUGGAUUCACUCCAGCCCAAGGCCCUGUGAGUGAUCAAACCCGACCAGGCCAUAUUCUGGGUGAUGCUGCUCGCAGAUCCGACGCUCCAAACAGAGAUCUGUCUAUGGACCAGUCCUGUAUGCUCCGUCUCUUCCUUCAUCUGGCCAUGCUGCAUGGAUCCUUUCUCAAUCGUCAUGGUAUCAGUGAAAUGAUUCACCCGGCUGUUAACAAUGUCCAAGAGUUUCUCUGGCGCCAUCUUGAAAAGGACAUGGAUGUCCUGGGGAAGACUCUGAAUCUGAACUGGGACGACACAGCCAUCACUGUUCAUCUGAUCCUUAACAGAUUAGCACAUAUCCCAGCAGUUCGUGUCCAGCAGGGGGCAACAGAAUGGUCUUCCCGCUCUGCCCGUGAGAAUUGGGAGAAGCAGGUUUGCAGAAAUGCCAUCAUUCCGGUUUAUGAGAAUUUGAACAGACACUUAAGUGAUGCUCAGGAAGAAGUUGCAGCUGAUGAUAAGCUGUCCAACAGCAGUCUGAUGAAGAUAUUAAAGAAAGACCCUCGUCCUCUCAUUCCUCUCCCUUCCGAAUGUCCCAGCCAUCAUACGGCUUUCUGGACGCCUCCAGACACCCUGACCGUGGAACAUCUGCACCAGCUUAUUGCUCAAAAGCAUGCACAGGAACAAGUUCCCCUGCUGGCAUUGUUUCUCAAAAAAGUGCAGUACAUAAGAUACCUGGCUUGUCUGCCUGACCUGACAGCCUUGUUGUCUAAUCUGGUACGGUUCGUACCAUCAGACUCUGAGACACACUCUUCCACCAUCACAACACUGCUUCAUGGAAUUCCUUCAGGCAUCCAGAGGAAUAAACUUAAAGAAAGGCUACAGACCUUCAUCAGGGUGUGGAACCAUCUCAGAAUGGAGCUAGCUAAUAACGCUGAUGUAGGUGUGGAUCGAGAACUGUGUGAGAAGGACAUUACCAUGGAUAGCCCAGGUCAGUUUCUCUGCCCGAGCCAUCAUGGACCGGGCUCGUGUCUCCACGCUCUCAUCAAACUGCUGUCGGAAACUCACAACAGCCUGGUGCGAGAAGCUCAGAGACUCAGUCAUAAGGAAGAAAGUGACUACAGUGUGCCUGUGGGGGCGGUGUCUGAGAGCCAGUUGGCCCUGUGUCACCCAGAGAAGGAUCUGCUGCCCCUGGUGUUAGCUCACUGCCACUACACACUGGUGAAGGGUCAACAAACUGCCAGCGACUACGACCUGAAGGCCAUUGAGAAACAACUUCACAGACGCUUUAUAGCUGGAAAGCCACGCAUCCAAGCGGACACUGAAAAGUACCUAAAGAGACGUCAUCAAGAUUUUUCAGAGGUUUUGAAAGAUGUCAGAAGCAAGAUACCUCAGGAGCCUCUGAAACGCUCAGUGUGUUGCUCAGUAAGAACAGUGCUGCGUGCCUUCACUGAUGUGUGUGAUGCUGUGGAUGCUCUGGAGACUGGCUUGCGUUUUCUGGGUAAAACUGGAGGACAACCAGAAAGCUUACUACUGUUCUAUCUUCAGGACUCUCUCAAGAUGCGGCAACACAUCUCCAGCAGUGUAGCCAAGGCUCUGGCAGAUAUCAGGCUGGGUCAGUGUACAGCCACAUGGCAGCUGCUGACCUGCUGGAGGAGUGAGCUGAAGCUGCAGAGAGGACAGGACCCUAUUCCAAAACUUUCCAAAGAGUAUAAAGAGAAACUUUCUGCUGAGGGCGAGAAAGAGUUGAAGGAGUUUCUGAACACCACUGAUGUUGAACUUUUUACUCUGGAGCUUCAUGAGAUUCUGCUUUUGAAGACAGACAUAACUUCAGAGGACAGAUACCAUUCUACCUGGGACAUCAGAAACACUCUGGAAUCACAUUUGGACAAAAAAGGAGCUCCUGUCUUGCCUGGACUGGAUGAUCUUUCAGAGGAAAUCCUUCUGAAUAAUGGUGCAGAGGUCUGGAGGUUUGCUGUAGCCUUCAAGAGAUGACUGUGUUCCUCAAAUCUAUUUCAUUGUGAUGCGUAGAGCUACUGUAAACAGCAAAUGCUUUGUCAUUUAAAUUGCCUCAGGGUCUGAAAGUGUAUUCAUUCCAGAGCAGUUCUUAAAAUACUCACUACAAUUUAUUAUUUUUAACGAUGUUAUAAACAUUUUUAUGUCAUUUGUGUGAACAUAUUAAUGAUGUCACAAAAUUAAGCCCAGUCACACAGGCAAUUUGGAGAGUUUGUGUUUUAUUUGUUGUUAUUUGUUCUCAGCCAAGCACCUAAGUGUCAAAGCCGAAAGGAAACUACCUUAUUGUUUGUAAAUAAAAUGUUACUUUUUUUCCCUUCUUCUUCUUCCUUAGUCUAAUUGUAGCAUAAAUACGGUUAAAAUAGUAAAUUUUGGCUGAAAAUAAACAUUUGCUCCCUUAAUGCA